CGUUGGCAUACGCAAUAUAAUGCUAAACCGCCGGCUUGACACAUACACAUGGCCAAGAUGGCCACCGUGAAGUAUCUUAUUAAGGUAGAUUUACACGAGGUCAAGGAUGUGGUAUUCAAGGAGCCUGAGACUGAAAUUGACAUGAUCCCUAACCUUUACUGUGUAGUAGCCGUUGGUAAUGAGCAGUAUACAACGGUACAGCGUAACCAAGCUUCAAACGCUGUAAUAAACGCUUCGUUUAACUUCACUCUUGACCUGAACCCUGGUGAACUUAGCAGGACGCGGAUUAUCAUCUCAGUUUACCAUGCGUAUCGUCUUCAGAGUGGUCUUAUCGGUAUACAUGCGUUUGGAUUGCAUCAUAUUUACUCUAAGCAGCAGCAUUCCAUCCACCGGUCAUGGGCCAGACUCCUUUGUCCAUAUUUCCCCAAUCAUAAUGCGGGGCUUAUUUUGACGUCGAUUGGUGUCUACGGUCCUGGUGACAAUGUACCUGUAUUCAAGGAUGUUUCCGGUGGCGCAAGGCCAUCUAGUGCCUUGGUGUCUUCAGCAAAUGAUGGUGCCGGUGGUCGUGUUAGAAAUAUUAGAGCAAGUGAGAUCAGCACCAGGUUCUACAUGUUGAAUCUGAACGUAAUUUGUGGUCGUGAUUUCUUAUCGAGGAGCAACUUCUUGAAUAGUUAUUUGGAGCCUUUUGUGAAGGUAUGCCAUGGCGGCUUGGAAAUAAGUACCCCCGUUAUAAAGGACAACCCUAAUCCCGAAUGGCAGGCCACUUUGUUCAUGCCGUGUAUAUCACCAUCUUUUGACGAUUUGGUCACUGUAGAAAUAUGGAAUGGCGAGUCCAAUGGUACUAUGUUACACUUUGAGUCGAUCGAUAUCAAGUACCUAUUUAAUAACGAGUAUGCUCCACGAUGGAUCAAUAUAUACUGUAACCCCGGUGGCAACACUGGUAUCUUGGACCUAGUGAAGAACUUUGUUAUAGGUACUACUGAACUCAUGACUGACUAUGGUGGACGCGUGUUAAUUAGUGCAUCCGCUACUCAGGUCCAAAUACCUACGGUAAAAGGUAUUAAACCCUAUAAACAUGUAUCGGUACCUACCACUCAGAAGAAGAUUAUAUGGAUUGAUUUAUAUGAAGUAGUUCCAUUGAUGGACGGACCAAGUAUCAUUGAUCUCACUGUAGCAGUAGGCCCAUACUGCGUCCGUACCUCUGAACUUAGGUUAAAUGACCAUGGAACGUAUAAAGUCAACAAUGAGGUGGGACGACUAGAUCAAAUGGAGCCUUUAGUAUCAUGCACCAGUGAUUCCGAGUUUUGGGAUUUCUUUACGUACAUCAAUGACCAUACUAACUGGAUCGACUCGCAGCCACCUCGUAUCGCAUGGCGUCGCAUAUCAUUCGAUAUUAUAAGACGUUCCAAGGGUAAGCCCAUGUGGAUCCAAAUGAACGGUAUAUCGGACCAUCGUAUGCACCCGUUCAAUGUAUUGAUGUCAUUUGAGGUGCUGAGUGAGGGUGAGGUUGAAAUACGUCCUCCACGUCUCGAAUAUAAUCUUGUUAAUUACAUGUUUCGUGCUAUGAUUUACGAGGCGAUUAACCUGCCGUGCAUUGACAUGGUUAAUUUCCCCAAUACCUUUGUGGAGAUUGAGCUGGGUGGUUACCACGUCCGUACUCAAGUGGUACGUCGUACGUUAUGUCCAUCAUUCUACGAGGCCAGUGAAAUUGAAAUAUGCCUACCGUCCAAUUUACUACUGGCGCCUGAUGUAACCAUAAAUGUAUAUGCCGAGCCUACGUCCAUGUUUUCAUCGCAGGAGUUGCUUUGCACCAGUACUUACAGUCUGUCGAAGAUCCCUAAGGAAUGGCGUAAGGCACCUCAGUGGGUGCAGCUCAAGUCAACGAAGAAUGAUUUACAUAGACCGUGUAUACUGGUUGCCUUCGAGUUGGUACCUAUGGACUUGUUGCGCAAGAAUCCUGAUUUAUAUCCCUUCUUUGAUGACAUUCGUCCUUCGAAGAUACCAGGUUUGGUAUCACUGUUACUCAUCGGUGUGCGAGCCUUUAAACCGCUGGUACGUCCCAGGGUAUUCAUUCGGUUUGGUACCUCGGACAAACCAUUGUACACGGGUUCCAGUGGAUAUGCAGUAUCAGGUUCCGAGGGCAAUUGGAAUUAUUUAACAACGCAUGAAAUGCUAGUGGACCUCCCCAAACGGAUGCAGCAUCAUUGUUUCAUUGAAUUCAGUGUACUUACUGGUGAGGAUGGCGAGCUAUUCGGGGUUACAUACGUCAGCCUGAAUGAAUUUUUACCAUGGCUAACGCACGAAGAACGCCUACACUCCAAAGAUCUCUUUAAAAUGCAAGUAUUGGAAGAUUUCUUGUCUACAGGUGAACUCGGGCAGGCUGAUGAGUCUAAGCAUGAAGCUGUACCUAUGAAGACGGCACUCAGAGAUGAUAUAGAAUCGAUGAAUGUAAAGAUGUACAAUACUUUUGACUUUGUGUCGCUUCAGCGGGCUGGCGAACCUCGUGAGGGUGAAGAGUUCCGUAACGACUUUGAGGUAGCAGUGAUGGACGACGACGAGCCAGACGAACUACAGCGCGAUGAGCUACCAUACGAAAUGGAGUGUGACUUUGCUCCGGGAGAUUUACCCUAUAUGAAAGCACCCAUAGUACAAUGCACAGCUGCAGGGGUACCUGAGACCGUAGGUGUCUUGAAAUAUAUCUGCAUGGUUGAAGCUAAUGAAGAUGCUCAUGUGCGUAAAGUGGCCGCUCAAAAGAUGCAGGAACGACGACAGAAACUAGUUGAGCUUUACGCUAAAGCAAAGGAACUUGUUGUUAGAUUGUAUGUCCUACAGGCCAAGGGCCUUUAUACCAGCAGGGGCAACAGUAAUAUAACCACUUACCUCUGGGUCCGCAAUAUUGAUGGCGAGCAGAAGCGUUCUUUGAGUUAUCCGCAGAACGUCAGGGACACCACUGUCAUAGCUCAAGGUGUAAAACCAAUGUACAAUACAUGCUUCAACUUGGGGUGCGCCCUACCUGAAAAUGCAAUCCUUAAAAUCAGUGUCGUCCACCAGGGUACUCUCCAAGACGAGGUCAUCGGUACCACUUUUGUUGAUUGCGAGGACCGAUUUCUCAACCAUAAAAUGUUCCAGUUAAUGCAGGAUGAUGCAGUUCCCAUAGAACUCCGUACUUUGAAAAACGAAGAUUCCACAGUAUCACAUGGUACUUUACGAUGCUGGCUAGAGAUGAUGGACUUGGAAACUGCACAGACAAAGCCAGUACGUACAAUUGGCGGUAUGGAGCAAUCUGACUAUGAACUACGUGUUGUUAUAUGGGAUGUUAAGGGCGUGCCACUUGAUGGUAACUCUGCACUGUCUUUAUUUGUUAGGGGAUCAUUCCAGGUAGCUGAUGGUGAGGACCUCGUAGAGGACACCGACACCCAUUACAACAGCCGUGAUGGCACUGCUGUGUACAAUUGGCGUUUUAAGUUCCCUAUUCGCAUACCAAGUGAUUUUUCAUUCCUCAAGUUACAGAUACACAGCUCCAGCCUUUUAGGGCCAAGUGAGCUCAUAGGCGAGGCUGAGAUUGAUCUGCGUAAUGAGUAUUCGAAGAUCAGGCGACGUCAGGGCCCAUACCACUGCAAAAAGUUUUGGGUUGAUUGCUUGCAUCCUGCACAAGGCAGUCAAUCUCGGGGGCAAAUAGGUAUAGAGUUUUCUGUAUAUAGCGACUCAGAAGCUAAGCUGUUUGCCGUUGGCAAGGGGCGAGAAUCCCCAAAUAAGGAUCCAUUCCUUCCGACUGUAACUGAUAAUCGGACAUAUCUAGAUUUGAAUGAGAUUAGGGCAACUAUCAACAAGGCUUCUGGAGCUCUGGUUUCCGGGCUAAAGCUAACUGGUAUGUUCAUCUGUGUGGCCUUCGCUUUUGCAGCCAUAUUGCUCAUUCUGGUUAUCAUUAAGUGAUACCUACGGAAGUGUAACAUGGUA